AAGGAAAACCCCAGUCAAAGCGUUAAUUAAUACAUCCUCGAAAUUUAAUACUAUUAGUAAAAGGUUGUUCAAUAAGCUUGAAGAAGAUUAUGGAUUGGAAGGCGUAUCUGGUGAUGAUUUGAUAGGUGAAGAAAUAAAAUGCUUAGAUCUACAAUUUUGCUAUAAAGGAAAGUGGCGAAGCUUAGAUGGCACCGAAGUAAUAGACUUUCAAAUUCGCAAAAAUCCAUCAUUCGAUUUGGUACUGAGGCAAGAAUGGUUAUGGAUGCAUAAAGUAAAAAUUAUCUUUGGAUUUUCUCCCAGAACCUAUGAAUACCGUGAUAAAAUUGUAAUAGAUAAUAUGAGUAUCCCAUUGAUCGAAGGAGAUGGCAGGCCCAUGGACGACUCGAAGAGUCAUAAAACCAGCUCUGGUAAAAAUAACUUAUCUAAUUUAGCGAAGUCUAAAGCUGGUCUAAUUAAGGAUGAGAUUACGAAUAUGAUCAAUAAAAUUCUCUCAGAUGUUGAAAAUAAUAAGCACCGAAAAAGGCAUCACAAAAUAUCUCGUAAUAUACCCCCUGCGCCACCCAGAAGAUUAAAUGAUGAUGUACCCAAAAAUAACAGAGCUAGCAAGAAUAAGAAAUAUCCUAAAGUAGAUUUAAGCGAUGGGUGUGGAAAGCUUUCAAUCAAAACGUACUUCAAUAAUAUUUGGAAGUCAGUCCAUUCUAUAGAAAAUGAUAUAUAUUAUGAGAUUUUUAAAAGACUUUCCAAUAUUGAGAAUGAACUGAGGUUUGGAAAGAUAGAAGAAUUGAUAUGGCUAAAUGAUAAUGAGUCAGGUCCUUCUAAUUCUCCAUCACAUCAAAAUAAGAGCAAGAAAGGUGGAGUCAAGUAUUCUACGGAUUCGGAUACUGACACUUCUGAUACAAGCACUUCUUAUUCCUCCAAUUCAGGUUUGGAAGAUGUAUGUAAGGUCACAGUUGUAAAAAAAGCAAAAAUGCCACAAGAAAUAAAUUAA